AUGCAGCUAAGAAGCAAGGUAAAUCACAAUGUUGCAGAAUACUUCCGCAAAAAUUUGCAAAUUACAUCUGCAAAUCUAUCGGACUCAAAUAUGCCGUUUCCAUAUAAGCAUGAGUUUUUUUCUGGAUUAAUUAAAUUACCAUUUUUGUCAUCUGAACCCGAAUAUAUAAAUUUUCCGAUUAAUCAAAGCAAUAUUCAAGAGUGUUUUACAACUCUUUAUGAUUGCACAAGUACUUUACAAAUAAAUAUGAUUCCCAGGCAUGACAUAGGUUUUUCAAAUGAUUCAAUUGAAGCCAAAGAUAUGAUUGAAAAUCAAUUUAAUAAAAACCACAUAUCUUUAGAUGAUUUGGAAUUAAUAGAUGAAGAAACAAUAGGAAUUUAUAACGGUACUAAAAUGAAAGAAUGCAAUAUUAAUGAUCAGUCAGUUUGCAUAGAAGGGAAUGGCAAGGAGAUUAGCGACCAAGGAGUAAAGCUAUUGCACCCAAUUAAACAAAAUGUUAAAGCUAUAUCAAUACUAGACAUUAUACCUUUAGAUAUGAAUCACUGUUCAACGUUCCAAGUAAUGCUUGACUCUAAGGAAGAAAAUGUAGAUACUAUUCUUGAGUUAGACGAGGGUUGGAAACGCCCUUUUACGAGAUUCUCUUUUUAUAAUAAAAUCGAAGGUAAAUUAUAUAAGUAUGAUAGGGAUUACUCAUCAACUUUACCAAGGGAAUAUACAAAAAGUUACAUUAUUAGUCUUCCAAAGCACUUUGUUGAAUGCAAUAAAAAUAAAACGUCAGAAACAGCUGAUUCUAGAGCAUACUUAAUAUCUACUAAGUCUCCAAAGCUAUUGUUAUCAAAAGUUUCAUCAGCGAAAAGAAAACCUAAAAUUAAGCUUCUAUAA